AUGGAGCUAUCACUCUACGGCUCCGUGGCUAUUGUAGUCACCCUCUAUGUCUUAGCCCGCGUUCUCUACCGUCUCACGCUUCAUCCGCUUGCAAAGAUUCCUGGCCCAAAGCUGGCCGCUGCAACGCAACUUUACCAGACAUUCUACAGCUACCACGGGGGGCGUAGCGAUUUCUACCAGCAGGUGGAGCGUCUUCACAAACAAUAUGGUCCCGUCGUUCGUAUCACACCGGACGAGGUAUCCUUGAGUGAUCCUGACGCCUACGACAAGAUCUACCACGUGGGGACCAAAUACUAUAAAUCACCCCCUUACUAUUGUGUCUUUGGCUCCCCCUCAGCCACAUUUACCGCCAUCCAGAACUCUGUGCAUACGUCCCGGAGGUCCGCCCUAAAUCCCUUCUUCAGCCGUAAGGCAGUUCUGCAUCUCGAGCCACUGAUCCAGGACAAGGCUGCGAAGCUGGUUCAGCGGCUUGCAGAAGACUUGGAUGCCGGCUGUGGGUCGGUGGAACUGCAUUGUCUGUUCAGUGCACUCAGUGUGGACGUGACUAGCGAUUACGUGUUCCAUGAUUGCUAUAAUCUACUCGAUAACUACCCAAGGUUUGGGCACGACUUCGCCCACAUGGUGCGGGGAGUCCUGAAAGGGCUUUGGAUUUUCAUGCAGAGUAAGCGACUGGAAGCCAUCAUGCUCGGCUUGCCGCGGUGGCUUUCGGAUCGUAAUACUGUGAUUCGAAAAUAUAACAAGCUGGAGACCAAGGCAAAUGUGGUCAAGGUCAAGAGCCAGGUUGCUGCGGGUGAGAUUGGUAAUCUCACCCGCAGGUCAAUAUUCCAUGAACUCCUUGCUCCCAGCGAUAAUGUCGGACAGGCUCCUAUCCGCACGAUUGAUGAGCUGACCGAUGAGGGUCUGAGUAUCAUGGUUGCUGCUGCUCUUGCAACAGGCAAUGCCCUCACAAUGAUCGCGUUUCAUGUUCUUCGCAACCCGGAUAUCUACCGUCGACUGCGGGAAGAGAUGCAGCAGGAGUUUGCGGAUCCAGAGAAACGUAUAAAUUUCUUGGCCUUGGAGAAACUCCCUUACCUAACAGGCGUCGUCAGGGAGGGUUUGCGACUGAGUUACGGGGUUAUCGGUCGCCUUCCCCGUGUGGUUCCUGACCCUGGAGCUGAGUUUAACGGACACUUUCUACCAGCUGGUUCGGUUGUAGGGAUGUCCUCCUGGGUCAUGCAUCGCAACCCAGGCAUAUUUCCUGACCCCGAACGCUUCGACCCAGAGAGAUGGAUGGAUCCUAUAAAAGGACGCAAGCUCAGUCGAUAUCUGGUCAGCUUUGGCAAAGACAGUCGACAGUGCAUUGGCAUGCCUUUGGCAUAUUGUGAACUAUACGUUACCACGGCCAUGCUGUUUCGCAAAUACGGUGACUUGGAGUUAGACGGAACAAAGCCCGAAGAUCUGAUUUAUGAUGAUUAUUUCUCUGCGUUUAAUCCGGAGACAAGCCGAGGGAUGCGAGUCAGGAGGAUAAGCAAGUCUUGA